AUGAAUAAAACCGGUGGCACUCGCUUGGCCACAGUUACGGCCCGUUAUUAUUUCGACCGUAUCCUACGUAUAGUUCCCUUAUACUACCUGUCCUUUUAUUUCUACCUUAUUUAUGUCCGAAAACCUAAGCUGGGAAUCAUUGCCUUAAUUUUGGGUAAUGUUUGGUCUAUUUGUUCCGUAUUUUACAUCAUAUACUCAAAUGGCAUCACCACCGAAGGGGUACGGGAGGUGUUGAUCUAUAAUAACAACCCGGUCAACCCGGUUUACAACCCCACUGGUUCCAUGUAUUUUCUACAUAUUACAGCAUUCCGUUAUGGGACCGCCUAUUUUACUGGCAUCAUAUUUGGUUACUUAAUG